GUGGAAGCGGAAAACAACAAACUGCCAAGUCCUCCUUUGAUGGGUCAGAAUUUCGUGAAAUUUCGUUUGUUCGCGUGGGAAAUCUUGGAAAAUAAACCCUUCAGUGGUGCACGACUCGAUUUGUAUUUUCUGUUACAAUUGUGAGAUGUGGAAAAUGAAAAAAUCAUAAUUCUUUUGAAAGUUUUGUUUGCGAUCAAUGCAUUUAUUCACACAUCAGUUUUCAAAUCUGACAGUUCGUACGACAUUUGAAAAUUUUUGCCCCUUUGCCAGCGAGAAGCUUUUCAAGUCGAGCACGAAAGAAUAUCAGCGAACCCGUCUUCGAGAGUGAAAAAGUUCUCCAUGUUUGAUUUAUAGGUGUGUUUAAGUGCGGAAAAUUAGAUUUUACGGGUAUUUUCGGGUGGAAAAUGUAACAGAAGAGUCUAAAAUAUGUGCGGUGACAAUUUGAUGUUCAUUAGUGCAGUUUCAGAAGCUAUUUGAAAGCAUAAUAUUUACCCAAAAAUUAGACUAAUUAUUAGGGCUCUGCCCCCCCGAAAAGUAGCGACCACCCACUGGAAAAAGAUUAGAAAGGAUAAUAUUAUUAGGUCUCCACACAAAAUUAUUGCAAUUGAGGAACAUUUUCUGUUUUUUUGGGGUCGCGUCGAAGGAAAUAUUGAGAAACUAGCCACAAAAUGGAUGUGGAUUCACCAAAUUCCCUAAAACGCUGUUCCAGCGCUCCGCAGAUAAAUAACUUGCUGCCAUCGGCGGCCGUUGGAGUGAACCAUCCUAUAGUAGUGCCAAUGGAUGAAGGACAAUCUCAUCAGGAUGGCAGUACCGUUGCAGGUUCAACACAACAGCCGUCUCCUCUGCGCCACACCACAAAUCCCACAAACAAUGGCAACAAUACCAACACUAUGUUCCUACAGCAUCAGCAUCAAUCGCCUAACCACCUUCAGUCGAUGUCGUCUUCCAGUGCUUCCAAUCUGAAUACCUCCGGUUCAAACAUUCACAGUUUUAGCCCAUUGGCUGUCAUAUCCAACGGCAGUUCUAGUCCCAGCCGGUCGGGUAGUUGCACUCCGGGACCGCGGUUGACUCCCCGGAUAUCGCAGCUGCGUCAAGAAGAAUGUGCCGAUCUGAGCAAUAGCCGUGAGGUUAAUCACGAGCGGGAAAUCCAUUCGGCCAUGCAAAUGUCGCAGAGUUAUGAGGACCUAACGCUGGUCACGGAGAACUGGUCGUUCUCGUCUAGUGCCAAAAAUAAUGACGAUCUUGGCAAUCCGUUGCAGGUAGCCCUGCCUUCGAUUGGUACAAGUUAUUGCUCUAGUCCUUCACCCACCAGCCGCGGUGGACUUGGUUUACAAUACCCCACAACGUCGCCGUCGCCAACGAGGAAAUUUUACACCCGGCGGUCAAUGUCUCCUUGUCCGAUCAGACCUAGCCCUCUUAGUUCGUCGGUGAAAAGAAAGUUUGAUCUGGACGACAACUACGGAAAUUGUUGUUCUCCGCCGCCAUUGAAGAAAAUUUUCACAUCAGAAAGAGGUACUUCACCGAGUUGUCAAACCCCUUCCCCGUCACCAAUUUGCGCUAGUCCAGACUCUUCUACGGCAUCGUUCGAAAACGGUAGCAAUAAUGCUCCGAGCAGUGGUCGAAUAACACCCAAAUUUUUCGUCACCAAGCUUGGAUCCGGGCAGCUCACAGUACCGAACAACAUCCUACCAAGUGGGGGAAUACCGAGCGCCGGCGUCGUCCAACAUAGUGGUGGCCUCAACACUGCAAAUAGCGCCACUCUUCCUAUUCAUUCAGACUCACCGCCAUCUUCCUCGUCCUCAUCAUCACUGAUGAUGAUGGACUGCGGAGUAAGCAGCAGCAGCGGUCAACAUAUCCAGCCGAAUGUAAAUAAACGGCUCCCGCUGGAUGCCACGGUUAGUAGCUCAGCCGGAGCGGCAAAAAUUGAUUGCGAUGAGGAUAUUACUGAUUUGAAUGCCGUGGCGAGCAGUUCCAGUAUGGCGACAACUGAGUCUUCCGAGGCCAUCAUGGAGGAAGUUUUGAAGACUACUCGGGCGUUCGAAGAACGAACUGAGUCGGGGCUCCUGGAUAGCAGCAGUAGCGUAAGCAAUAGUCAUAGGCUGAGUACCGGAAGCAUUAGCAGCGCUAGCAAUGAUAACAAUAGUGAGAGCAACAGCUCUCUCUGUCCUUUGACAUUCGGGUCGGGUGUACUUGCAUCCGCCCGGGCAACCAAUGGAACCGGAGCGUUCUUGGCAAGCAAUAUCGAAAUUGCGGAGUCCUGAAUGAGUUCGAUUUGAUAAUGGCAAAGAUCGCUUGUUUGAUUUACUGGGAUAGACAUAGACGGGCAUAUAACCCCGUGAGUAACAAGCAGCCACACUACUAAACGCUUAGGAAAACAUGAGCAAGCUUUGUUUUCCAAUCUAUUUUCUCUUUUCUUUAUCUUUGUAUAGGUAGUUUAGUCUUAAGGUCUUAGGAAGUUUUUUUCAUUUCGAAUAUAAGAGACAUAACCGUGUGUCCAAUACCAUUGUUUCGCGUUGUUAGUUGCUAAAUGUAUAUAGAUAGUUGGUAGACGAACAUUUCGGAAGCUAUUCACAUUGAAGACACAUUUACGUUGAAAGAACAGAUCGUAACUGUAUAUUAGUUCCUUGUAUAUAGAAACAUAUUAAAUAUCGGACUAAUAUGCGGUUAUAGGUAGUACACAUACUACAUAAAACACACAAACCAAGUUAGAUUACUAAUGAACCAGUUAAGGAAUCAUUUUCGAAUAUUUUCUGUUUAUGCAGUCAUCAGCGGGUUAAUUAGAAUCCAAGUUACUCAUAUUCCCACAUAUCUCACAAAAAAUACUUUCCCUUGAAAAAUUAAAGGUCUUUAUUCCUGAAACGAAGUCUGAAUAUUCCAAAAACAAAUCAUAGUCUAUUUACCAUUUCACUUAGUAGAGUUCAAUCAAUACCAAACUAAUGAUAUCUGAAAACAGAUUCCACAAAAAAAAAUGUAGUUCGAGUCAGAUACACUUCAUCAUCCUCCACUCAAUACUAUUGUUAUACAAUUGGAAGAUGAUUCAUGUAGUCAGAUAAUGCACAAUAUACUAGGAAAGCAAUAAACAUUACGCUAUUUCGUAUAAAAUA